UGGGCGCAGAGGACCUCGGGCGCCGGGAUGAAGCCUCAAGCGACCAGCCUUUUGCUGCUGUGUUGCUGCUGUCUCGGCCGCGGGGUCGCCGGGACCUGGCCUUGGAGCCCCCAGCGGGAGGCGGCUGCCUUGCGGGAAAGCCUUAACAGACACCGAUACUUGAACUCUUUCCCUCAUGACAACUCCACUGCCUUCUAUGGAGUAAAUCAGUUUUCUUACUUGUUUCCUGAAGAGUUUAAAGCUUUGUAUUUGGGCAGCAAACCUGCCUGGGCUCCCAGAUACCCAGCAAAAGGACAGACACCUAUCCCCAAUGUGUCUUUGCCAUUGAGAUUUGACUGGAGGGACAAGCAUGUUGUAAAUCACGUAAGAAACCAAAAGAUGUGUGGAGGAUGCUGGGCCUUCAGCGUGGUCAGUGCAGUAGAGUCAGCUGGUGCGAUCCAAGGGAAACCCCUGGAUUACCUGAGCGUGCAGCAGGUCAUUGACUGCUCCUUUAAUAAUUAUGGCUGCCGCGGUGGCUCUCCUCUCGGUGCCUUGAGCUGGCUAAAUGAGACACAGUUGAAGUUGGUGGCCGAUUCACAGUACCCAUUCAAGGCAGAAAAUGGCCUGUGUCGCUACUUCCCUCCAUCACAAUCUGGAGUUUCAGUCAAGGGUUUUUCUGCAUAUGACUUCAGUAACCAAGAAGAUGAAAUGGCCAGAGCCCUACUGUCCUUCGGCCCUUUGGUUGUGAUAGUUGAUGCAGUGAGCUGGCAGGAUUAUCUGGGGGGCAUAAUCCAGCAUCACUGCUCCAGUGGGGAGGCAAACCACGCAGUUCUCAUCACAGGCUUUGAUAAAACAGGAAAUACUCCAUAUUGGAUGGUGCGAAACUCCUGGGGAAACUCCUGGGGAAUAGAAGGCUAUGCCCACGUGAAAAUGGGAGGUAAUGUUUGUGGCAUUGCAGACUCUGUUGCUGCUGUCUUCGUGUGAUCAUGGAGUGUUUUGUAUUCUUCAUGAGACAACUACUAAAAUGAUGUGCUUCGGGUUUCAACAACUCAUCUACAGACAGAUUCUAAGAGAAAACUGGCAUUUUGUAAAGCAACAUAGGACAUUCUAUUUUUGCCAAGAGAUGGACAGCCGAAGUUCCUAGGAAAUCCCCCCAGCACACUGACUGAUCAACGGAAUCUGUGGGACAGUCCAUACCUCUGAGAGUUUAGUGGGAUCAGAAGUCACAUA